AUGCCUCGAUACUCUAGCUCCGUAGAUGGCGCGGAAUUGUUUUAUCGCGACUACGCACCAGAAGGCAGACCUCCCGUGCUUGCAACAGAACUGCCUCAGGCAGCCAGGAGUUUAACUCUGGUCCUUCUUCACCAAUGGCCUCUCUCGUCUCGAAUGUACGACUCGAUCCUGCUGCCACUUUGCGAGACCCACGGAUACCGAGUUAUUGCCCCUGAUAGGCGAGGUUUUGGUAAGAGCGAGUGGACUGGACAUGAUUCCACGGUGCCCAUUGGCUACAAAGAGCUUGGGCAAGACUUGACGGGUCUGUUGGAGAAAAUCCAGCCAGGGCCUUUUGUCUUUGUCGCUACCAGCAUGAGCACGGGCGAAGCGCUUAUGGCGUAUCUUAACAGCCCCUAUAUCCAGGAAAACUGUCAGGGCAUGAUAUGGGCAAGCACGUGCCUGCCGUACCCUACAGCCUCACCCCAAAAUCCGAAGGCUCCGCCACAGAGCGUAUGGGAUGCAACUCUUAUGGCCAUAAGACAAGAUAGGCCUAACUUUAUCGCCAACGGCUUCAGGGGGCCUUUUGGAGUUGGAACAUCCGGUUCAGUCACCGAGAAGCAGAUUGCGUUUUUCGAGAAUAUCUUCUUCGAGAAUGAUCCGAUCGCGCUUGAACGCUGCCUACAAAUCUAUACUCACGAGGAUCUGUCUGGGCAGAUCAAGAGGUUCGGGCAAAUCUUUCAGAAACCUUUUCUCCUUAUUCAUGGAGGAGGCGAUGGUGGAGUGCCCGCCGAAGUGAGCGCAGAACUUGUUCAGAAGUCGGUUCCUGGAGCGACGCUGACUAUAUAUGACGAAGGAGGACAUGGUGAGUUGGCAGUUUUCAACGCCUAA